AAUUAACCUUUUUUUUCUUUUAAUAGUUAAGAACAUGAGUUGAAAAGCCACUGGGAAAGUUUUAAAAAUAUAUCAAAAGAUGAUUAGAGUAGGUCUUCAAGAUUUGAUUUAGACCUAAGAAAAAGCAGGGCCUCCAUUGCAGCACAAGUCCAACAUAGAUUUUUUUUUGCUAUUUCUGCCAUUCUGGAUGUAAAAUGAAAGUUUUUUGCUGAUCACCGCUAGCGCCGUGGAGAAAUUGAAUGUUGGUGUUAGACUGGGGGCGGAGCUGUCAGAGCAGACUCUUCCUGGAGGGCGCUGUCCACAUCAUGCGGACGUCAGCACGAUUUGACCCGCUUGUUUUCGUGGGUAUGGGAGGGGCUGCUGCAGACAGCACAGGUUUUUAGAGGAUUACUCUUAAAUGCAUGAACGGAUAAAAAUACCACUUUGGGGUUCUUUAUAGUGAGGAAUUAACAGUAAAAUGCAUUUAAAACCUCAAAAAUUUACAUUUUCAUGGUAUAGCUCCUUUAAGAUAAAAACUGCAUUUCUGAGUAUGUCUUUAUUCAAAUUGUGUUGGAUCAGGAGCAGAGGAAAGCUCGCUGUAAAGUCUCCACUUGUAAACCAAUAGAUCCAUUAAGGUCUUUAUUCUUCCUCCAAGGUGCCAUCUGGCUAAAAAUUGAACAGUUGGUUAGCUCCCAUAACGCUUUACUUUUUUUUUUUUUUUUUGCUAAACUGUUAGCUUGGGCUUGUGAGGUGCUGUAAGAAAGCGUAAACAAAAUUAUUUCAAAAGUUGAGAAUAACCGUGACUUUUAUUUUAAGAUUAUGUUAUGUUUUUGUAUUAUAUGUUUAUAAUGUAUAUUUUUGUAUUGUACAACUCAGAAUUUCUACCUUGCAGAAAAUAUGUCCUAAAAAAUACACUUUUUUAUUUUGGCUAAGAAAUUACAACAUUUUAAAUUGGCUUUAUCUAAUUGACAAGUCAAUUGAGAACAAUAUAACAAAAGAAAAAAUUAUAGUUGGAGCAGGAACUCAAAACCUCCCUUCUUUCUGGCAGCUCCACUCCUUAAGCCCCGCCCCUCGUCUUCGUGGUAGGUGUCACUAAACACCCCUCAUACCGCCCGCUUUGUUGCAGCGCCGCAGCAUCAUUCAGAAGGUGAACAGGAGGUUACUUCGCAUCAAGCCGCUGCAGGAUUUUUCACAUUUGAUAAGAGACGAAGCAGUCUGAAGCGGUCUCGAGCGCCCUUCUGCUCUCGCGUGGCUUUGUUUCGCUGCUUCUUCAAGGGCAGACGGAGAUCCAUGACAUACGUUUCGGAGAGGACACCGCUUCAGUGUCACGCAAGGCCACGGUGGUGCGGAGGUUCAGUGAUGGACGCCGAGAGGUUGGAGCAGCAGGUGGCCAGUGUGGAGCGGGGCAUCGUCUUCCUGAAGCGCGAGCACCUGGUGAUGCUGAGCGGUCUGCAGCGGGAGAUCACGCACCUGAAGAGGCGCUGCCACGAGCUGAGCUGCGAGCUGGACUCCAGGUUUCCCAACAGACACACAGCAGAGGAGGAAGCGGAGCUGGCGGCGCGCUGUGAGGCAGCAGAGCGCCUGCUGGAGCGACAGCAGCACAUGAUGGUCUCCACGCGCGGCGAGCUGCGAGCCGGCCGGGCUCGAGCGUCGGCGCUCGGCCGGAGCCUCAGGGAGGAGGAGCGGCGUUUCCUAGAGGAGCUGAAGCAGCGGAGUCACAAGAUCACGCUCCUGAACCGAGAGCUGCAGCGGCAGAACGUCACCACCAUGUCCCUCUGCCACCAGCUCCAAAACGCACAGCUAAAACUCUUCCAGCAGCGGCAGGGCGCAGGAUCCUCUACCGGGACGGAGGAGGAGGCAAAAGAGGAGGAAGAAGAAGAGGAGGACGAUGAAGGUCAGGAGGAGUGGCUCUUGUCCCCACCUGCACCUGCAUCUCCCAGUCAAGCAAGAGCAAAACACCAGAGGCCUGUGAGCGUGAGGGAGGAGAGAGUCAGAGCCUGCGUCCCGCAGGAGAGGGUGACGUCACCACAGCGGCCUCACUCCAUGCCUGACCCCGCCCUCUUUUUGGUUCCGCUUCGAUACCGUCUUCUUCGCCUGAGGCGGUCCAGCAGACCCAACGAUGGAGACGGCGGUGAGGAUGAGUGGGAGGACUUGGAGGACAGCAGGGUGCACAGGAGGGUGGACAUGGGAGCAGCAGAGGGAGAAACCGCUCUGUGAGGACGAUGAAGAGGCAACGCCGUCUUCCAUCUCUGUCGUAUGCAUUUAUUUACCAACAGACCUCUGAUUGUCUGUAGUUUCUUAAAAUUUAGUUACACAUUUCACAAGAGAGGCCUGCAGAAAUACGGAUGAAUCGAAUGAUCACAUCAGUUUAAUGUAAAGUGAUUUUAUAUUGAUGCUGUUUCCUUUUUUAACUCUACUGAUCACAGCAGCCUUGUCUUUGGAUCAAUGAACACUUUCUUCACCUUCCUGCUUAAAAUAACUUCUUUUUUCACUGCAAUACUCCUUUUCCAGCUUCAGAAGGUCAAUUUAGAGGACUUUGAUGAAUUUUAUAUGAUUUGCACCUUAAUAAAUUCAUGCAAUGUGCCUAAUUAUGGCA